AUGGAAUGCAAAAAAAGUUGGGUUGAUGAAUCGACAUCCCAAAUAAAUCAUAUUUUAACUGAUAUAGAAAAAGUAUGGUUCCAGAUAGGGUUGCCUAGUUCGCGCCUUGCUGAAAAUCAGAAUUCAACUCUUGGUGGCGUUUUGGCGUACUUACAAAGUGUCUUCUCAAUUGCGAAGGAUGAAAAAUCGGAGUUGGAACAAAAAAUAAGUGAAAUGAGGAGUGAAAUUGAACAAAUUGAAGACGAACUGACCAUAAAUCAUCGUCCUUUUCCAGUCUUCAAUCCAUUGCUAUCCACUUUGGAGGAUUUAAAGUCAUAUCGAGAGGAAUUAGAAAAGAAAGUUUCUGAGCUCACAGCUGAAUUCAAAAAGCUCAAAUCUCAAGAAGAAGAUCUGUGCCGGUAUCUUGCCGUACCCCCUCUGGAAAGUUUUCCUUUGAUUCCAAAAACUAACGAUAAAUUGCGCGUACAAUGCCAUAUCGAUGAAUUAAAGGAGCUAAGAUCAACACGCUUAACUAAUUUGGCAUCUAUGAAACAACGCAUCCUCUCUUUUAUUGAUUAUCUUAAAUCGGACAAUACUAUUGAUUGCUCGGGGCCUGUUAGAGAAGUAAUUCAAGCUGAUGCUGAACCGGAAGUGCUAUCGGAUGCCAUUCUAUGCAACGUAGAUCAGUUAAUGGAUCAAUAUUCGUAUCUUUACGAAAAGCUUAAAAGCGAAGAGGAAAGUAUUUUUGCUGAAAUUGAGUUACUUAGUAGACGUCUGGAUUUGCCCUCAUUUGAGCUUCCUGCAAAAUCAACGAUGAGUCCUUCAAAACGUAUUGAAUUGGGUCGUAACGAACUUUCUCGUCUACGUGAGCUGAGAUUAGCUAAUCUGAGUCGCCUACUGGAUGCGUGUAUUAUUGACCUGGAGUCCAUCUGGACUGACUGUUCUAUAAACACUUCCUAUCGUCAAUCAUUUCGCGAAAAAACAUCCAUGGAGCCCACAGAGGAAAAUCUAACUCGUCUUGAAAACGAAAUCAACAAGUGGAAGCAUUUCAAAUCAUCUCAUGAAGAUUUCUAUUCUGCUCUAACUGUAUGGGGUGAUGUCAUUCAACAAAUCAAGGCAAUCGAGCUCAAACGCCAGGAUCCUAUGAUACUUAAAAAUCGUGGUGGAAUUCUCCUCAAACUGGACAAGGAGGAUCGUAAAUUGAGGCACCGUGAUCUUCCUAAUCAAACAGCUCAAUUACAAACCAUUCUGACCCAAAAAAGCGAAGGCAAAGAUACUGAACUCUUCUCUCUUGUCUCUUUUGAGGGACAUGCUCUUUUGAGUGACAAGGAAAACUGCCUGGCCGCCAUCAUUGAUAAAAGUCUAGAUCCUUCUUAUGUUCUUGGCGGAAAUACUUCUUCGUCUAUGUCGUCUACAGUUUCUGCUGUAAAACCCGCGGUGAAACAGCAGGUGGGAGGUUUUGUGUAUGCAAAGCGUCCACAGGUAACGCCUUCAAAAAUCCCCCAGACGGAUAUCAAAAAGCCGCGGUUAGACCAACAUAACACAAGCACUUAUAGGGCGAGUAACAAUUUCAUGUUCAUUCAAAAUAAGUGCUGA